UGUCUGUCUGCCACCCCUCUCUCCCUCAUUUGGCCACCAGAGUCAGGCUCAGCUGCAGGAACUCACCCUCCUGACUCAGCGCACUCUUGCUCUCCGUCAUCGUAUAGUGCGCACGCACUCUUUCGCAGCACCCCCACGCAAACGAGCGCAGGUCACUCAACUUGGCCGCUCUGUCCUCACCCUUCAACUCAUCGGCAGACACCAGCACCUCGUCAAUAGUGAGCUGUGACGGCCGGGCUGCCAUAGCGCACUCAAUGAGCGCCAGCAGGUCGGCCUUUCUGCAGCAUGCCAUAUCCCCCCCUAGGCCUCCCCUCUCUCCCCUCUGCACCUCAAUGUGCUUUAUCUGUGCGAUUCCCCUCGACCACAUCGGAGGCACGGAACCGGGAAAACCGUGCGAUGUGGGAGGCGUGGAAAACGUGACCUCAUCCAGCUGCCUCACAGGAAGGAAGCACAGCACCUCACACGCCAGAGCUAAGCUACACGCACCUCGGAACCACACGGACUUGACCGAUGUGAGCGUGCCCGUCAGCCCACUCAGCGCGCUGGGAAACCCACGCAGGUCAGUGGUAGGGAGGGAGGGAAGCCAGAUGAUCAAGCGCUCGAUUGACGGGAAGCGCCGGAUCGGCUGCUGCCGGCCUGGCAGGGCCGGCAGCCAAGUGGGGAUGCUCUCGACCACAGCUGCGGCACUCACGCCGUGCUUGACGCGCACGGUGAGGGUCUUGGCGUGGGCGAAGACGAGCAUGUCGCCAACGAGCUUGUGCACAGGUCUGCCGCCGAGCUUGAGCUCCACCUGACACAGCACAACACACAACGCGGCGCGCCCUGCCAGAUGGAUCCCUCAUGCCUUAUCAUUCUUUCUCCUCUCACCUCGGUCGCUUUGGCCGCCAGCUGUGCAGCGAUCUGGCCGUACAGCUUGUCGGGCGCUGUGAGCACAGGGGCACUCACACCGUCAGCACUGCUGCAGUCGAUGGUCAUCGAGUUGUCGCGGGUGCGCCACUCGAGAUGACAGCCGACCGCCACGGCCCACCACCGGAAGGUCUCUGUCGUGGCUCCGCCCUCCCAACGCCGCGCACCGAUCGACAAACGGGGCACAACGAAGCCCAGCUUCUUGCGCACAGAUGCACGCCAUGGUCUCGCCCAGUGCGGCUCGAGGGCGUCCUUGAGCUGGUUCGCGCGGCGACCCACGUCGUCGAAGUCGAUCUUCAGGCCGGUGAUGGAGGUGAUGUGGGGGCACUUGCCGAGGGCGACGGGGAAGUCAGCCCACUCCUGGUCGGUGAAGAUGAUGGGCGCGGCCUCCAGCUGCUGUAUCUCCGGCGCCGUCUCGAGCACACGCACGACGGCUGUGGAGGGAAAGGGGAAGUCGACGCUCCGGAGGCUCCUCAGCGAUGGAAGGUUCCAUCGAUUGCUGCAGACAGAGAGUACGCAAGGACCAAAUGAACGAACGACAAAAUGGAAGCUGGCGUCAAUACAGACAUACAUACCCGACGUGAUGGAACCACGCCUUCGAUCGGAUGCUCAUGUGCGCCAGCUUGGGGAAGGUGAUACGCUGCCGGGGGCUGAACUUGCCGCCUCCAUCCUGCUGGAACGCCAUCCAGCCGCCCGAUACGUGCAGCUCCGCCAGCGUGUCACUGGCUGCCUCCAGGACCUUCGCCACAGCCACCGACACGCUGGGCGCCCUCACGUGUGCCGCGUGAAUGUUGCCCUGCAGACAUACAUGAAAGAGGCGCACGAGCACAGCCACCGCCACAUCACAUCAAAUGCAUGCAUCCCACUCCCUCUUCCCACCCAGCCACCCACCAGCCGCUGAGAUGGCGAUGUGGUUUCAGAGAAUAGCCAUUUGAUGUGUGUGUCGUCGCACGCUUCCUCCUCCAGUUUGUCGUAUGUGUCGUACUCGUCCUCGGUCACGACCAAGGUGCGGUAGAUGCCGAAGGUCUCGUCGGUGGCCUUGCCGUGGAUCUCCCUACUGAGGUGCGUGAGGCGGCGUGUGGCGUCAAUGGUGGUCAAGAAGGAACCCAUGUGCCCCAUCACGCCCGGGGGCAGACCAGCCAGACAGGGCCGGCCGUACUCCUGACACACACACACACACAGACAGACAGACAGACACAGUCACGCACAACAGUUUUUGGUGUCUGUUUGCGAAUGAAGGCACCUGCCUCACCUUGGCCGCAGUGUUGCCUGCCCCUCCGUGCUGAGACCCCGACAAACCAGCACCGACCCCACCUGCACACCACGUUCACACACAGAACAUUCCAUCGAGGCGCUGUCAGGUGAUGCAUUCAUUCAUCGGUGUGACCAGCAGCGAGUUGCAGGCGGAGUUGCUGCAGCCGACUCAGUGGGGGACCCCCUGGGCGGCGCUGGCAGUCUGGCACCUCCCAGUCCAACCCACCGAGCUGGUCGAAGAUUCGCGAUACGGGGUCGCCUGUGUUGCGCUCGCCAGCAGAUGUGUUAGCAUCCUCCACACGCACGCCUGAGUGCUUCCCAUCAGUGGUCGACGCCUGCAGGUAGGUGCACCAAGAUGGGAAGGGAAGGGCCCCAUGUGUCUGAGAUCGGACGUGCGUACCGCUGUCGACUGCUGUAGUGUUGAGUUAGACGGCUGGUCCGAAGGCACCGCGCUACUCGCACGAUGGAUCAGGCUGAACAUCAGGCCGUCAUCUUGCCGAUGCUGGGAUGAAAUCACAAACACGCAUACACACACAUACACACACACACACACACACAAGCAGAUACCGGUGAUCACCAUUUGUGGGGUGUGUGUGUGGCGUCGCUGUGUCGCAAUCAAUGAUCCCCCACCUGCGUGUCUGUUUCCACCGAAUGAUCCUCCUGCUGUACAGCCGGCUCCACCGAAGCACCCUGACGGUAGGUGGACACAGACGGACACCACAACCAAACCACCAGGCAGUUGUCUUCUGUUCCCUGUUCGUGCCUUUUUGUCGAUUAAUGAAUGGUUGUGCUGACCUCCUCUGCUCCCUGUUUCUGUGCGAUGGCGUCUAGCUGCCCCAUAGCGUCACCGUAUGCGGCCGACAGGCUCGUCUGCAUGAGGGCCAGGUUGUCACCCGACAGGCCCUGCAUGAAACGCACACACACGCAGCCACGCUCUGUCCUCGCUGCCCCGUGGCUGACAGUUUGGUUGAUCUUUCCUGUGUGUGCGUGCCUGUGCAUCGACUGCGUCGGUGAGCAGCUGCUCUGCAUGGGCGGUCUGGGAUCUAAGCUGCAUACAAAGCAAGGACGGCAUGUAUAGAGAGGCGGACAUCCUUCCCCUUCCAGCUGUCUGUGUACGCUCACCGCCCUGAGUUUGUCUACCGCCUCCAGCAACGCGGUCGAACUGUGCUGGCCACCCGCGCCUGCAUCAACAGACAAGCGAACCGAAUCCCAGACGACUGCAAUGACAUGGCCGACACUUCGUAUCUGCCCUCACUGUGUUACGUACCUGUGCUAUCGGCCGCCAGGAUGGCAGCUGUGUCCAUCACAGAUGGGGAUGGAGGGGACGGCGUGGCGUGGAUGCAGCGUUU